GCAAGGAUUCUUAGUUUAUGUUACUUUGUGACAAAUGGAGGAUUCUUAGUUUUUGUUUCUUCUUUUCCUUUCACUUUGUACUCUCAAGUCUCAAGCAAAAUCUCUAACCUCUCUCUUCUCUUCCACUUCCUCUUCACUCUUUUGAUCUUGCUGAUUCUUCGGGGUAUUGAAAGAUUGAAGCUUUUUUUCUUGUUUGAAACUUUGUAUUCAUUGUGAUGUCUCUACCAAGGCUAGGGAUAGGUGAUGAGGAAAGUAAAAGCAAUGUUACUUUGUUGGAAAAAAGUUUGCAUUUGAAUGGUUCAAAACCAAAAGAGUUCAACUACAUGGGAUUACCAUCCUCUAAUUGUUCAUCAGUGGAUAGUUCAGUUCCAAAAAUUCAAUCUUUUAAAGAUGAGACCAAAAGUAAUUUGAAUCUUAAAGCUACUGAGCUUAGAUUGGGACUUCCAGGAUCACUUUCUCCUGAAAGAGAUUCAUCAGAUUUUUGUUUGAGAAGUUCAAAGCAGUUUGAUGAAAAGCCUCUUUUUCCUUUGCACCCUCAAAAAGAUGAUCAUCUUUUUGAAUCAAAGCCUGCUGUUUUAGGUAACAAAAGAGGGUUUUCUGAUGCCAUGAAUGUUUUUUCAGAGGGGAAAUUGAAGCCUAGCUCCAAAAUGCUUGAGAAUGUUGCCGGGCAGAAAGUGAAAGCCGAUGAAAUAGCAACAGUUAAGAUUGGUCUUGAGAGACCUAAUGGUGUUGGUGAAAGCAAACCAGGUCUUAAUGGUUCUGCAAAUAAUGGAAAUAGCACUGCUCCUGCUAGCAAGGCACAGGUUGUUGGUUGGCCUCCAAUAAGAUCAUUUAGGAAAAAUUCAUUAACAACUGCUUCAAAGAACACUGAAGAGGUUGAUGGAAAAUUGGGAUCAGGAGGUGCAGUGUUUGUGAAGGUUAGCAUGGAUGGUGCUCCUUAUUUAAGAAAAGUAGACUUGAAGAAUUACACUGCAUAUUCAGAACUAUCUUCUUCUCUUGAGAAGAUGUUCAGCUGUUUCACCAUAGGUCAAUGUGAAUCUCAUGGAAACCAGAUGCUGAAUGAAACCAAGCUGAGGGAUCUGCUUCAUGGGUCAGAAUAUGUUAUUACUUAUGAGGAUAAAGAUGGUGAUUGGAUGCUUGUCGGUGAUGUUCCCUGGGAGAUGUUUAUUGAUACAUGCAGGAGACUAAGAAUCAUGAAGAGCUCUGAUGCCAUUGGUUUAGCCCCCAGAGCAGUUGAAAAAAGUAAAAGCAGGAACUAAGCAGUAAGCAGUAUCAAUAAUGGUCACACACACUCUAUCUAUCUAACUGUCUAUGGUGUGAAAAUGUUUCAGUUUUUUUGUUUUUAUUAUUGUCACAAUUUAUAUAAUCCCUAAGACAUUUUAGUGUGAAAGAUUCUUAUAUGUCCUGUUGUGAAGGAUUAGUGUGUGAAACUGUGAAAUAUUGCAUUAUAUAUGUUUGUGGCUUUGUGUGUUGUUGAAAACAAAAAACUGUUUAACUUAAUAUGGAAUGUAACUUUUACAGUUUCUAUGA